AUGUCUGCUUCUUCUCUCGGCAUCACCCUCGUGGUGUUCCUGGCCAUGCUGGCCACUGCGCUCGCCUUCUCCGGCGACGCCACCUACUUCAACGUGGGCCUCGGCGCCUGCGGCCACCACAACAAUAACAACCAACUUGUCGCCGCCCUCAACAAGCCGCAGUACGGCGGUGGCGGUGACUGCGGCAAGCGCGCUCACAUCAAGGGUCCCAAAGGCGAGGUGACCGUGACUAUCGUGGACGAGUGCCCCGGUUGCGCGUAUGGUUCGCUCGAUUUGAGUCCUGCCGCCUUCUCCCACAUCGCGGAACUGCGCCAGGGCCGCGUCCACAUCGAGUGGCAGUGGGCCUAA